GGAAGCCGUCUUCAAGAUGGCGUCGAGUGUAUACCUCGUUGCGGCCGUAUUGUCGGUUUUCUCUCUCAUGACCGUGAAAGAAAUCAUAUUUCCCACCAAUGUUCAAGCUUCAAAUCCAGACAAAAUGGACAGAUUACAAAAAGCGGCUGUAUUUACAGGACCAACGAUCAAAUUUUUGUAUUGUUAUUCCUGAGGAUACAGAAAGGUGUUUGAAGAGUAUGCACAAUUCAUUCACCAAAACUUUCCCAAAGUUCGCAUAGAAGGCGACAAUUAUCCCCCACCCCGUCCCCGUCAGAUGUUGGCUAGUGUUCUCAGUCUUGCCAAAUUGGCAGUCAUGGCAAUUGUUCUUCUUGGUGAGCGGUUACAGAUAUGGGAAAGUCUUAAUGUUGACCCACCUCAAGUUUAUAUUUGGGCCACACAGAACAAGAUGUAUGCCUGUAUUCUGAUAUUUUUUGUCACAAACAUGAUUGAAGGGCAGUUAAUAUCCACUGGAGCUUUUGAAGUGUCACUUAAUGAUAUGCCAAUUUGGUCCAAACUUGAGUCUGGUCGCCUUCCAAACCCCAGUGAGCUUCAUCAGAUCAUUGAAAAUCAGCUCAAGUUUAGUCCUAUACAUUAAAUCUUUGGCUUUCAAGAUGAGGACUCCCUGAUUAUGACGUUUGGAGCAAAAAGUGGUUGUGCCACUGGCUCCAAACUGACCCCCUCUGGGAAAAAUCAUUCUUUUGGAAGUCAAUGUUUGAUGACCAGGAGUAAAUAUAUAUGCUGUAUAGUAUUUAAUUCACACAACAAUGGGAAAAAAUUGUAAUUUCUUUUUGAAUUGAUCCUUUGAUAGACCAUCAGAAAGCAAUUGUGUAAAUUAAGUAGCUAGUCUAAUGUAGUACACUGUUCUUUUUCUUUAACAAAAUUAUUUACCUUUCUGUGCAUACAUAUAACUUGUUUAAUCAGGAUUCACCAUUUGAACUACUGGUAAUCUGAUUUGUCUGGCAGUAAGAAGUGCUAUGCCACAAUGCAUUUAGGGUGGGAGGGAUAUGAAUAACUCAAGUAAAUAUGUUUAGAAAUAAUAAUAAAAAAUUUCAAACAUG